ACAAUCGUUUUAUUUAUCUAUACAUCUAAGAAAUUUCAUUAUAUAUAAACAAGGAUUAAACCGUCAGAAAUGGUAAUGAAAUAAAGUAAAAUUAGUAUCCAUUAAAUUUGAUUGCUAAAAAAAGUAGCUGCCACAAUGUUUCAGCUUAUCAAACAAAAGAUUUGUCUUGUUAUUUUUUGGAGUUUAGAAGGGAAAAUGUUGACUAGUUGGACUAACCAAUGAGAGGAAGCCAUGCAUAUGUAAUAGUAAUAUGAGAGAGAGAGAGAGAGAGGGUGGCGCCAUAGGAUCUAUGAACAAGAUGACCCACGUGGCUUCACCACGUCAAUGACAGCUAUUCUUUUAUAAUGUGAAGACUAGAAAGUGAUGCUUCCCAAUCACACUAAACGAUCCAUUUUAAACACACACAUUAUACCAUAUCAUUAUUUACAUAAUUAUCGUAUCAUUAAAACAUAUACUUCCAACAAUCCCAUCUUUAAUGUAUAGAUUAUAAUUGUAAUUUCAUUAGAGAGAAGAGAAGAGAAAAAGAAAAAAGAGGACACGUCACCGUUUUCACCCAAAGUAAUAAACAGUGGACGGCACCGAACCCAUUUGACUUCCUUUCCCAUUCUUCUAUUUAUAGAGUUUCAUAUCAUUUAGGUCCCUACAGAUUAUUCAUAUUUCAUAUCCAUAUUCCUCUUCACUCUCUCCAAAUUCAAACAUACCAACUUCAUAUUCCAAUUUCAUCGUCCAAGUUUUCUUUUUAUCACGCCAAAAUGGGAAGAACCCCAUGCUGUGAGAAAGAAGGUUUGAAGAAAGGUCCAUGGACUCCUGAGGAAGAUCAGAAACUUAUUGAUUAUAUACAGAAACAUGGGUAUGGAAAUUGGAGAACUCUUCCCAAAAAUGCAGGUCUACAACGAUGUGGGAAGAGCUGCCGUCUUCGAUGGACAAAUUAUUUGAGACCCGAUAUUAAGAGGGGAAGAUUUUCAUUUGAGGAAGAAGAAACUAUUAUUCAACUUCACAGCAUUUUGGGCAACAAGUGGUCUGCAAUUGCGGCUCGAUUACCAGGAAGAACAGAUAACGAAAUAAAAAACUAUUGGAACACUCAUAUUAGAAAAAGGCUAUUAAGAAUGGGAAUCGACCCGGUAACCCACAACCCAAGGCUUGAUCUUCUUGAUUUAUCUUCAAUUCUGGGGUCAUCGUUUUACAACAACAAUAGUCCCAAUUCUCAAAUGAACAAUUUCUCAAGGUUAAUUGGAAUACACAACUCAACAGUUAACCCUGAAGUCCUUAGAUUUGCCAACUCUUUCAUUGCCUCUAACAAUCUCUCUCAAAAUCCAAAUUUUCUACUUCAAAACAUUGAUCAAAAUCAAGAACAAUAUUCCCAAAUGAUCAUCUCUCAAUUACAAUUACAACAACAACAACAAUCCCACCACCAAAUUGACCAAUCCUCAGCUCUUCCACCGCUCCAUGAAGUCUCCGCCGGUUGCAGUCCGUCCACCACUACCUCUUACGGCGGAGAACCCCCCUAUUAUCACUCCUCCGGCCACCAAUUACUAUUCCCAUCAUCAUCAAACUUCACCACUGACUUUUACUCCCAAAAUUGUCAACACCCAAGUGACAAAAUGCCCUCAAUUAAUAAUAACUUGAACGGUUUUAAUUACUCAUCUUUAGAAGAGUUUCAAAGUUACGAUUUGUAUGGUUCACAUGAAGAACGAGAACGAGAACAAGAACAAAAACAAUUUCAUGAACAAAUUAUGGAGGCGUCGCCGGAAACGUCGACUCUGAAUUCAAGCCCGACGCCAUUGAACUCAAAUUCAACAUAUUUCAGUACAGCCAAUGGGAAUGGGACCGAUCAAGAUGAUAGAGAAAGCUACUGCAGCCAAAUUUUUAAGUUUGAAUUUUCCGAUUUUUUGGAUGUUAAUCCCGCCUUCAUGUAAUUCCCAAUAUUGAGAUCUUAUCAUAAAAGGCUUUAAUUUUGGAAAUGAUGCCUUGUAAAAAUUUUCCAAUAAUUUUCAUUAUGUGCCUAAAUGUAUGAUUUACACCCUCUUCUCUCCUUUUUUA